GCGUUAUCAGCGUCCUUCUUCGCGACACACAAAGACGCGUCUAUCGCCCCACUGUGUAGGACACAUACAACGCAGUCGCUGCAACUUGUAUCACAGAUUGAUAGCAUCUGACGGAUGUAGACGCCCUGGCAACAUUCUUUUUUUUUUUCUGAGUAGUCGUUUUCUGUAGAUAAUGGCCGCGCAUGAUAAAUGCAUAGGCCGGCAAACGCUCCACUCUCUAUAGUUGGGCGCCGACGAGGAAGCUUGAGAAAAUGCAUCGACCAUAUUGAAGGCUUUAGUUUCAAAGCGCGGGUGAGAGCGGGAUGCGGGGGAGGGUGGCGGCUUGAAGGAGUGAAGCCGGCUUAUUUCCUGCGCGGCCGCGGAGAGCGCUGGCUAGUUCCGCCCUGUCCGUGUCACUGACCCGCCCACUUAAUCCCACAGCGGAACCGAACUCCAUUCCACGUUGCCGUCGCUUCCUUUCCUCCUGCGGAGAAGCGAAGAUGACAAGAUGCAGUUGCCAAGCGAGGGUCACGCCCGCGGAGUGAGCCAUGCCGCUGACGUGCGUGUGCAAGGUCAUCCGCAGGAUUUUCGCCUUCGGUGCCAGAGUUCGGCAUGUCUUUCCGGUGGGCACUUCCGGGACGCCCAGACAUUCGAAACUGGCGAAAGUGACGAAGCGGAAGUUCAAGGAAAUGCAAUACUGGAGACGCGGCACCGACCUCCGUCGAUUCGUGUUCUUGAGAACGAUCUUGAGGAAGACUCGUUCUUCGACGGCGACGGCUGAACGCGACAAAGAAAAAGCUGCGACCACCGAAAGUAGUGAUUCACGUGGGCUUGCCAAAGAGAAGAGGAAGCAGUCUCGACAGGCCGCGCAGAAGAGGGCGGCGGAGUUCAAGUUCAUCCUGCCGGACCGAGCCAAGGAGAGCGGAAAGGGAACGUUCAAGAAAUUUCCGAGCCUGCUUGCCCUGGCCCGGAAACUCGGAAGAUAUUGCAGACGCGGAAGCAUUCAUUACUAAGACUGUCCUUUUUAUGUCAUCGACGACCUCGGUAUUAUUCAAACUAUGUAUAUACCAUGUGCAUGUAGCCUACUGUGUGUAUAAUAAAACGACUGUGAUU